GCCAUAUCCAGCAUUAAUAACCCUACCAUGACAAUUUGCAUACAAACAUUCCGCCUUUUGAAGGGAUUGUAGCUACAUCUGAUUUCGUCACCGGCUCUCAUUCAUUCCUCUCUCUUCUCUACACACACAAUACCACUCGACUCAUCAGCCGACCACCAGACAUACCCACCAGCCUCUCUCCGCCAAGAAAAGAAAACCAAAAACGCUCGACCAUUGCGAGAUCCACCCCGCCCUGCAACGAGCUUCUCGCAAGACCAUCCAUCAACAGCAGACAUUUUGUGCACUUUCUCAGGGGGGACCGAGUUUCUCGACCGGCAGACUACUUGAAUACUUGAUCGAGACCCGAUGGUAGCAGCGGUUACGGAAGACCUUCAAGCGUUCCGACGCCACCGACCGAUGUGGGCCGACGGCGAACAGACCCCAGAAACACCUGACCCCUCCCCCUCCCCCUCCUCCUCCCCUCACCAUCAACAUGAACAUGAACAAGAAGAACGGAUCUCCUGGCCUCUCAUCUCCUUCGAAAACACCAUCCAGAACGUCUGCUGUAUCAGCUUCCUCCUCGGCCUCUUCUUCGCCUCCAACCUCCUCUCGCUCCUCUUCUUCUUCCUCUAUUCUCCCGCCAAGCAGGCGCUGUGGCCGCCCUUGAACAUCUACGCGAUCCUCCUCAUCCUCUUUCAUCUCCUCGAGUUCCUCACUACUGCCAUCUUUAAUCCCUCCAGAGUCUCCGUCGAUUCUUUUUUAUUAAACAAUGGGGCCUCAUAUUGGUAUGCGCAAAUGAUGAGCAUAACGGAAUACGUGGUGCGGGAGAGAUAUCUGGGAAAAGACGGAUGGGGCCUGGGGAUUCUGAAGGACGAUCGAGUGAGGUUGGGCGGCUUGCUGGUGACGAUGGUGGGCCAAGGGAUCCGAACAAUGGCGAUGAUCACGGCGGCCCGAUCGUUCAACCAUCGGGUGUCGACGGACCCGAAGAAACAGGAGGACCAUCGGCUGGUCACCCAUGGCGUCUAUCGUCUCCUCCGCCAUCCCUCCUACUUCGGCUUCUUUUGGUGGUCCAUAGGCAUCCAACUCUUCUUGGCUAAUCCCUGCUCGCUCGUCCUCUUCUCCUUCGUCUUGUGGAGCUUCUUUAAGGCGCGCAUCCAGAAUGAAGAGCUUCACCUGAUCAAGUUUUUCGGUAAAGCUUAUGUCGAUUAUCGGUCUACUACCUCGACUUAUAUUCCAUUCAUCAGAUAAACCUCAAACUACAUUUCUUUCUUUUACUUCAUUUCAAAAAACAAAGACAAUUGAUUCUGAAGAGAACACUCAUUCCUCAACUUGUAUAUUGAUAAUUUGUAGUGUACUAUCUCUCAGGAUCGACUUCAAUACCCUUCCCAUUGUUAUUUUAUUGGGCGGAAUCCUUGAUUGUGUACCACAUAGUAGAAUUGAGUCUCGCAUCAACAUGUAGAAACAAGCUACCAUGUUGUACAGAUUCUUUCGAGGUUGAUUUGUCAAAGGAAUGAAGGAAUUAUCAUUGAGAAAUCAACAAGAGGAAAGUUAACAAGAGACCUGAAGACACCACAAAUA